AGCAGGUUGAUGAGCGGCAGCAGCAGGAGUCUGGAGCGCGAGUACAGCUGCACCGUGCGGCUGCUGGACGACAGCGAGUACACCUGCACCAUCCAGACCCAGAGCCUUGCACAUACAAUGCAACCUCUGAGUUGCAUUGCCAACCCUCUCAACGUCAUUACAAUGGCUGUGCAUUUGCCAGAAUUAUGACAUGCUGGUGUGAAGAGGUGUUGACGUGUGGGGGUGACUGGCUUUCAUGCAGCAGCCAUCAAUAUCGGGAUAAAUGGUUUCUGAUGGUGCUUUCCUUGCCCUGGGAGCUGGAGGACAGUGUGAUCGUAGUCAUGCAGUGCUGCUGUCCUGAUGAAUACUUCACUGCUCUGCAUUUGCAAGGCAAGCGUCUUACUAGAGAUGCCAAAGGCCAGUACCUGUUUGACCUCCUUUGCCACCACCUGAACCUACUUGAGAAAGACUACUUUGGGAUUCGAUUUGUGGACCCAGAUAAACAACGGCAUUGGUUGGAGUUUACAAAGUCAGUGGUGAAGCAACUGAGAUCCCAACCUCCAUUCACCAUGUGCUUCCGUGUGAAGUUCUACCCUGCAGACCCUGCUGCCCUGAAAGAAGAAAUAACCAGGUACUUAGUCUUCCUGCAGAUCAAAAGGGAUCUCUACCACGGCCGACUCCUCUGUAAAACGUCAGACGCCGCCUUGUUAGCAGCUUAUAUCCUUCAAGCGGAGAUAGGGGAUUACGACCCAGGAAAGCACCCUGAAGGCUACAGCUCCAAGUUCCAGUUUUUCCCAAAACAUUCAGAGAAACUGGAAAAGAAAAUUGCCGAGAUUCACAAGACUGAACUCAGUGGUCAAACACCAGCAACAUCAGAGCUGAAUUUCUUAAGAAAGGCCCAGACAUUAGAGACCUAUGGCGUGGACCCUCAUCCAUGUAAGGAUGUGUCAGGAAAUGCUGCGUUUCUGGCCUUCACUCCUUUCGGGUUCGUUGUUCUUCAAGGAAACAAGAGGGUCCACUUUAUUAAGUGGAAUGAGGUGACCAAGCUGAAAUUUGAAGGAAAGACUUUCUAUUUAUAUGUAAGUCAGAAAGAGGAAAAGAAAAUUAUUCUCACAUAUUUCGCUCCAACUCCAGAAGCCUGUAAGCACCUCUGGAAAUGUGGGAUUGAGAAUCAAGCCUUCUACAAGCUGGAGAAGUCAAGUCAAGUCCGUACCGUGUCCAGCAGCAAUCUAUUCUUUAAAGGGAGCCGGUUCCGAUACAGCGGCCGGGUUGCAAAGGAAGUAAUGGAGUCAAGUGCCAAGAUCAAACGGGAGCCACCAGAAAUACACAGAGCAGGGAUGGUUCCGAGCCGCAGCUGUCCCUCCAUAACCCAUGGCCCAAGGCUGAGCAGCGUCCCCAGGACACGAAGAAGAGCUGUUCACAUCUCCAUCAUGGAAGGCCUGGAGUCCCUACGAGACAGUGCCCAUUCCACACCAGUGCGGUCCUCUUCCCAUGGGGACACCUUCUUGCCUCAUGUGAGAAGCAGCCGGGCAGACAGCAAUGAACGAGUAGCUGUGAUCGCAGAUGAGGCCUACAGCCCCGCAGACAGCGUGUUACCUACACCUGUGGCCGAGCACAGCUUGGAGCUGAUGCUGCUUUCGCGGCAGAUCAACGGAGCUACGUGCAGCAUUGAGGAGGAGAAGGAGUCUGAGGCCAGCACCCCAACAGCGGCAGAGGUGGAGGCCCUCGGAGGAGAGCUGAGGGCCCUGUGUCAGGGGCACAGCGGGCCAGAGCAAGAACAGGUGAAUAAGUUUGUUUUAAGUGUCCUCCGUUUGCUCCUUGUGACCGUGGGGCUCCUCUUUGUUUUGCUCCUCCUCCUGAUCAUCCUCACUGAGUCUGACCUUGACAUUGCCUUUUUCCGAGAUAUCCGCCAGACCCCUGAGUUUGAACAAUUCCACUAUCAAUACUUUUGUCCCCUCAGGCGAUGGUUUGCCUGCAAAAUCCGCUCAGUGGUGAGCCUGCUCAUUGACACCUGAGAAGGCAUGACUCCUCCCAAUAACUAGCCAGGUGGACCAAGGAACCCGGCUACCCAUUCCCAGCAAUGGGACCCAUCGCGGAACCAUCGGCACACACACCAAGUCCUCCUCUCAUGACUCAAAGUCCACUGCAGCCUAGGAGGGUUGUUUCCCAGAAGAAAGGGGCAUAGGCUAAUGCUGUAAAGAAGCUGGCAAAACUCAAUUUCUCCAGAGGCUCUUUCAAGAAAGGCUCAGCAACCCUGUUUCUCAAGCUUCAAUAUGCAGGAUAACUUUUGGGUUCAAAUUUUAAUUUUUCAUAGAUGUGUUUUAUUUUGAAAGUAUCCAAAUAAAAAUAAUUUAUUUUACUACACUGAUUAUUGCAGCAGUGUCACCUGGUAGAUGGGACACUAGUGAAGACUUAAGAGAGCUGUUGUCCUCUGUACCCCACAGCUUUCUCACUGGUGCCACUGGGUUCCGGGAGACCCAGCAAGGCAGGCCAGGGCUGUGGACAGCCAGGAUUGUUGAGGUUUACUUGCCAGACAGAAGGGUUAACAAAGUAAACACCUGUGUAGAAUAAUUAAAUAGAAAGUUGCUUCUUACGAUGGCCUGAGUUGGAUUUUCUUUUCCUUUUGUUUUCUUAAACCUGAGCACAGUGGGCAUCUGAAGGGACCACGGCUACAGCAGCAGCAACAGCAGGGGUGGGGUAAGUCUGUCCCCUUAGACUAGAGCCUAGUGGACAUCACUGAGUUUUAUUGAUGACUUUCUUUCUGAAGAACCUCAAGGCUCUUCUAGUGCUUCUGGGGCGUCACCGAAGUCAGUGGCAGCAGAGUGACUGUCCCGGAAUGUCCUGCCGUGUAGUUACCAGAGACCUGUGCUAAGUCGACUGCCUGAGUGCCUGUGGGCAUAGAGAGCAGUGCUUGUUUUGUAGUGUGCCCUUCCUAAAAGGACUAUUUCAAGCUCUAUUUUAACAGCAAAUAUUAUUUUCUUAUCUACUCAUUUUUUGUUUUUACUUUACGGAUUAACAAAGUAGGACCUGAUGAACUUUAGAUGCAAGAGAGAAACAGAUCUGAGGAAACAUCAAGAACCAGCAGCAGCCUUGGAAGGGACCAGGAGACAUUCUAAACAGACUCCCUAAGUGAUGCCUACAAGAGACAGAAUUUGACCAUGGCAGAGACCAACACUUACCAUAGAAAUGCCACCCAUAGGGUCAGUGCCUCUGCUCCUGGAAAUAAGGCCCAGGAGAAUCCUUGGAGGGCGUCACUCACUGCAGCACUGGACCACAAAGGUGAGCAGGAGUCCCCAGGCCCUUACACUUAAAAACAGUCACACACAAGACCUUGUUUUCGUCUCAGGGAGAGGUUGCUAAGUCAUCUGAGGCCCAAGGACUUAUUUAAAGGACCAUCAAGGGGCAUACUCCUGGGACCCAGACAACAGCAGAGCUAAACAGCCCCAAAUGUAGAACAAUUGGACUGUAGCACAUUUGAGCUCUUCUUGGUUUUUGUUUUUGUUUUGUUUUGGUUUUUGCCUGGGAUGGUAAAAACCAUGUCCGUGUUCUGAAUAUGGCAGCCACAGAAAAACCAACAGCAUUUACGUAAUUUUGAAGAUACCAUCCUUAUCUAGACAAAGGUGAGCAAACUUCUUUUAAUAAACUUUGGUUUGUGGACCAUACUCUGACACCCUAGCACACCUCUGACAAUGUAUGCAUAAAGGAACAUGGCUUGUUCCAAGAAAACAUUAUUUUUAAAAAGAUGUAGGGCUGACAAUGUAGCUCAGUGGGUAUUUGCCUAGCAUUCAUAAGGCCCUGAUUUCAUCAUUAACACUAUAUAAAACCAGGUGUGGUGGCAUACACCUGUGGUCCCAGCAUCCAGGUGGAGAUAGGAUCAGAAAUUUAAGAUCAUCCUCAGUUACAUAGUAGUUCAAGGCCAACCGAGGAUUCAUGAGAACCUGUCUCAGACCACUGGCCUCCCACUUCCCAAAACAAAACAACACAGCCUAAAAUUUCAAUAUGCUGAAGUUGGCCCACAGCCAUUAAGACACAGACCCUGACCUACACAAUACAACUGUCACACAUUAACAAGAGGGCCACCUUUGAUUUCUGUCUCAUGUAAAGCCCGGAAUCAUUUCCCCAUGGAGGCUUUGCCAGCAGUGAUGUCAAAUCUGACACCAAGAUCAAGUACUGCCACUCUGAACAGCGGUGACUCUUAAGAAUGGACACAGGCCUAUCUGAUCAUUUCCAUACCAGCAACAGUUUAGGUAAAACCUAAAACAUACUGAGGGGAUCCUAGUAAACACUAGAGAUCACUUCAAAGCAAUGAGCCACUGCCACUCGUCACCUGCAUAGCAAGGGUUUACUUAGCACAGGACUCACAUGAAAAAGCCCCCCAGAGAUGCAAACAUUGGGAAACAGGGCUGGUGUGAACCGGAAUUUCUAUUCUUAUGCAACAUAGCAGAUUGCCUUCUAGUGUAGUGCUCCUACCUCAGUUUGUAGAACACAGCGUCUAUGCAGUGAGUGGUAGCCUCGCCUCUGACCCUUCGUAGCCAAGAGAGGGAGGCAGCCUGCCAUUGCCUGAUGUGUUUCUUGUGUCUAGAGUCCUAACAAACAGUGCAGCGGUCCUUGCCAUUUCCAACAUCUGACCCGGAACCUUCAGCUUCUUUUUUCCAAGGCUUAUCCCAGAAAAUAAGGACAGAAAAGGCCUCCUUCAAUUUGGUUCCCAAAUAGUUUUCAGUAGUUCAACGACAAACCCCCGUUACUGGUGACUAGUGUCUUUUCAGUAUUUUCCCAUCAUUAAAAACGUUCUGGUUUUGA